GCUCCGUUGCUGAUGCCGGGACACACCGCGUUUUAGGCAGCGCAUCUCUCGGGCUGCAUGGCGCCUUCUCUCAGACUCUAAAGCUGCUCUCUGAGCUUCAAAAGCACUGAAACUUAAGAGAACCAUGACGGAUCUCUCGGCCUCGUCCCCGGUCCCUGACCCCGCUGUGGUGGACCCCUCCUCGGCCGUGAGGAACGGCCGCUGCGCCGCUGCCCUGGAGCCCAGCCCGGCCAGGAGAGACGGCGAUGUGUGCGCUACGGAGCAAGAUCAGGAGAUGAAGAUCACAGACAGCGUGGAGGGGCAGGGUCUGUUGGAGAGCAGUAUGCGCCUGAAACCCCAUGAAGCUCAAAGCUACAGGAAGAAGGCCCUGUGGGUGUCGUGGAUUUCCAUUGUGGUGACGCUUAUCCUGGCAGUGGCAGCGUUCACUGUAUCCUUCAUGAGGCACAGCGCAUCUGCCUUUGGAUUUGCUUUUGAUGCUACAUUAGAUGUGCUCUCAUCCAUCAUAGUGCUCUGGCGCUACAGCAACGCAGCAGCUGUGCAUUCUGCCCACAGGGAAUACAUAGCCUGUGUGAUAUUGGGGGUAGUGUUUCUUUUGUCCUCCAUGUGUAUCCUGGGAAAAGCCAUCCAUGACCUGGCUACUAAGCUCCUGCCUGAAGUGGACGACUUCCUCUUUAGUGUAUCUAUUGUGAGCGGAAUCACGUGCGUCGUCCUGGCUGUUGUUAAGUUCAUGCUGGGGAGAGUGCUGACGAGCAGAGCUCUAAUCACUGAUGGUUUCAACUCAAUGGUUGGAGGGAUUAUGGGAUUCUCCAUCCUCAUCAGUGCAGAAGUCUUUCGGCAACACCCUGUGGUCUGGUUUUUAGAUGGCACCAUUGGCGUUCUGAUUGGGCUCAUCAUCCUAGCUUAUGGAAUAAAGUUGUUAAUUGACAUGGUACCACGAGUAAGGCAAACCCGGAACUACGAGCGUUUUGAGUGAGCAUGAUUGAGAAGAUGUGGGAGAAGGGGGUACCCAUGCUGUAAUGAUCAUCACCCUCAUCUCACACCUCCACCUCCAACACACACAAACACACAUUCAUUUGCAUACAAUCAGAUCCAAGAGCGAAGAGUGUCAGCAGUCUUCUUCAUCUGACCAGCUGUUCUGAGACUUAUCAUCACAUACUUCACCUGAUCUUCAAACUCAAUCUAUCAGCCAGCAGCACCUCAACAGAAACAGAAGAAGCAGCUAUGGAAGCUCAAAAGAAGGUCACUGGAUGAAGGCCUUGGCAAAGGCAAACUUUUUUCUUUAUAAUCUUUUUUUUGUCUGGUGUGAUACUGACAUAUUCCUGACAUUCUUUGAGGUUGUUCUCCAUCAAUGUUCAGUCAGCUUUUUCUAAAAUCCAUUCAUUAGCUUCACUUAGCUGCGGUACACUGUGUUCUUCCAGUUGGAGGUCAUAUGGGUGUCCUGCUGUUCUUAACCUCACACCUCAGCACAUCAACCCUCCCUAAAAAUCCUUCUUCCCAUGUUUUCCAACUAAUAAAGCCUUGCUGUCCCAAAGAAAAUGAAAAAUUGUUACAAAUAUUCACAGACAGGUCAUGCAGCCAGGAUUUGCAGAGUUACCAAACCAGCCCUUGUUAUCCGAAGCUCUAGAUGGCUCCAACGAUAAAGUACAUAAGAAGCUGCAUGGACCCUUGCCCAGGUUCAUGCAAGGUCAAUUUUUAGAGCGAAAAUGCUGGUCAAGGGACCAAUACAUUCCUCAUAACAAGAGGCCUAAGUCAGCAAGUAGUCAGGAGAGUCCCAAAACUGCUGAGAUAUGAACAAGAUGUGGAGAUGGGGGACCAAUUGUAUACACCAUACCUGCAAGGCAUGUAAAUGGUGUCAUUCAGCAUUCCUACCAUAUCUGUGUUAGCAACUACUGCUCGAACCCUUGAUUUAUUGUUUUCUUUCCUUCACAAGCAUGAAAUCACUGGUAACAAUAAUAUAAAUGAUGCUCGCGCACUACAGCUUCAUAGGUUUGGAACCAAGUUUCUGCUGAGAAACAUUGGUGCUGGUCACACUGUCCAGGAGCGGUUCAAUUCACCAUACAAGUGUGUAAAAUUCCCGUCAUAUGUUGGUGUCAACAUAUGCACAAAAAUUUGUUUUUUGCUCAGUUAUCCCACUAGCUGGGACUCUGUCCUUCACACAUUCACUUAUUGUAUUUUCUCCUCUUGGGUUAAUUAGAGUAUAAUUAGUUAGAUUUCGCAUGCGACAUGAGCUGUCGUGACAUCAAUUAUAACAUCUAUUAUGACCGUUACCAGUAAUGUAAGGUGAUGUGAAACUGCUAUAUUACUUAAUACAAUCUGUUAUGACAACUCAUGACAGCAUAUAGCUGUUGUCAGUUUUUGUCAUGAUUUGAAAAUGCCUGUUGCUCUUUAUAUUGUGCAGAAAUUUCAUGAUGAAUGGACUAAAAGAAACGGCCCAAAAUGACUUGGAAAAAGUCUGGUUCCAUUGACUUGCAUUGUCAUCAAUUCCAAUCAAAAGUGCUGGCUUGAAAUGCUGUGCUAGUUUUUGUUUGAUGAUAGGCCAAGUAAAAAUGGAAAUAAUAUAAAUUUGAUAUGAAAAUCAUUUUUACACAUGCAUAAAAGUAUAAAACAGGGAUGGGGAUGGUGUUGCAUUUAUUUUAAUAUCUAAACGAAACAUGUCUGAAUCUACAGACAUUUUCAAAUUAGAUUUUAUAUGUUUUAUGUGAUUUGGGGUCCAAUAUUGAUAAAGUAGCCAAAGUGGAAAAAAGGUACAAAACAGUGGCAUAGUAAGCAUUUGUUAAUGUAGUAUAUAAAGGCAAAAUCAAAAGUAUUCAAAAACGAACAAAAUAGCCCAAGACUCCCUGCAUUUAUUACAAAAUGUCAUUUUAAUAGGAGUUGUGGAAAUAGUGUUGGCUUUAAAUGGCAAAGAGAAGAAGUUAAAGUAAACCGGAGAGGAACUUUAUUUGUGUUAAAUCUCUAAACGCAGGUCAGGAGAUUAAGCCAGGAGAUUAAGUUGAACUCAAGCACCUCUGUUCCUCAUUCAGUCCAGUGGGCAGUUUCUACCCCAUAAGCAGAAUAGCAGGAUUGCACUUACUUAAAAAUGUAUAUGGAGAAAACCGGUAAAUAAGUGGAGUAAUUGUUAUGAAGUUAUGAAGUUUUCUCCAUCAAAUAAGAAGAGCAAGUGUUGUACUUUUGCCUAAAAUGCCAUUUUGUUAUUUAGCAGUUCUACUUAUUUCAUUACAAGAGAAAAAAAUCUCUCUAAAGCUGAUCCUUAAUGGGUUAUAAUGUUGGGAUCAGUUAAGAAUAAUCUAUGAUUUGCUUGGCAUGGACUGCUUUGGCUGAAUCCAAAAACAACAGGAUUUGUUUGACUUUCCAGAUUAGACCAGCCUAAAGGUUUGCUGGUGUUGAAGCCCUUUUUAAAAAUAGAUCAGUCUCUGUAAUAUAAGAUUUAUGGUAUUAUAAUGCUGUGGUUUGAAAUCACCCUGCUAAAAUGAAUGGCCAGAGGCUGUGUGCAAACAAAAGCUACUGAAGGUCAGCUAACAUAAUUGAGUUGCACUGAAAUUUAGCGAGGCGGGGUCCAGAGAGGGACAGGAUGUAGGAAUUCUUUUUUCACGUUUUUAGUUUGUAUUUAAAGCACAUUUUGGAGCCUGUUGUAUAGAAUCUAUAUUCACUUUCAUCUGUUUUCUGUGAAGCACAAAGCACUAAACCAUAGUGAACAGCAAUAUCAUAUUUCCUAGGUUGCUAACCUUAAAAUCCUCUGAAAUCCAGACUGAAAUAUCUAAUGUAUUGAUCAGAAACAUUCUGGUGGACUGUGGAUAAUGAGUAAUGCUGCAGAAGGACAGAAAGAAAAUAGUGGAUUAAUGGCUGAAAAGCACAAAUGCAGAAAUGUUGACCUCAAAAACAAACCCAUAAGAUGUUCCAUCAGAAUGUCUGGCACUUCAUGAAAGGUUGUAGAUGUUUAACAAGGCUGUAAUACAGUCCAUCAGACCUGUGAUCUCAGCUAUCUAAGCACAAAGACAAUGUAUGACAAAGGGAGUGCCUCCAGGUUGCAGUUUAGGCCCAAUCAAGUUUGAGAAAAUAUAACAUUGCUAUACUGAUUUACAACUAUAGGCUACACAUGUCAUUAACUUCUCUUCAAAUUCAAAUCAUAAUUAAAAAUCUCUUCUUCUACUCACAAACACAAAUGUAGUAUGAGCUCCAAGUUCAGAAUCUGCACUUUCCACAGAAUUUAUAAAUACAAAAAAAAAAAAAUAGAAAAUGACAACAUGCUUUUAUUAUUGUAAGCAAUAACUUAGACUUCUAAAGUCCAAUACAUACUGAAAACAAUAAGUGGAAAAUAUUUGAAAGUGAUUUUUUUUUCACACUAUUUGUCCUCAAUUUGUUACUUUGCAUUUGGGCUACUUACUUUUUUCAAAUGUUCGCACAUAGGUCAGAUAUCUGUAAUCCAGUCUGAGCUGCUUUUGGAGAUGCACCUGUAAAAACCGAGGACAAACUACUCAUUUUGAUAUUUGUGAAAAGUUGUGAUCCAUCAUCUUGAUUUUUGCUUUACCAAGACCAAAAACAACAGUGACUGGUCAAAUGAGUUUACAAAACGUUUGCUGAAGUUCCCAAAAAAUGAGCAGAAGAUGAAUAAAACAAUGCUACACCCAAAAAAUCACGUUGGGUGUGCCAAGAUAUCUUCAAAUAUGGAAGUGCUCAAAAUGAAUUUAUUGACACCUGAUCAAUUUGCACAAAUACAUCACGCUUCAUAUGUAAAGAAAGUGGAAUUCCAGCAGAUUUUCAAGUAGUUUAAGCUUAAGAUGUAAUCAAAGUCAUUCAGAGUGGUCUGAUGUGAAGUGCUCCAUUUUUUGCAAAAUUUACAGAGUCAGAACUGUUCACAGUAGUAGUGAUAGGAACCAGACAUCUGAAAAGUUUAAGGCCUCUAAAGCUCUCUCACAAAGAGGUGAAAAGCUAAAAGGUUACAAAUGCAUUGCCUGAUCUGUGACAUUGUUUUAUAAAAAUUGGAGAUAAGCCUUUGGCCCGAAACACGUUUUUGAAAUGUAUGUAGGGCAGAGGGGUAGAUGAAGGGUGUUGUAUUAUGUGUGGUUGGUAUAGGACAGUGGGUCACAGAUUUGUUCUUUACAUCAUGCAGACUGGGGUUCUAUACCAGUGUGAAGAAUUCAGAAAGUUUCUCUAUAAUGCAUCAUUUCACAUACAACCACUCAUAAUGAAUUUGAUUACAUUUUAAUGAUUUUAUAAGUCCAUAAAUCUAGCAAAAAUCUGUGACUUCCCUUCAAGAGUUAAAGGUUUUCUGAACAGUGUUGAAAUGGACACUGCAGAUAAUGUCUAAUGCUACAUGUAGAAGUACCACAUGUGUAGUCAUAUCACAGAAACCCUAAUAGUAGAUAAGCACACUGUCUUUUUACCACACUUGCACAUGAACUCACUGUAAAUGAAUAGCAAAUGAAGCACACUAACAAAAAACAAUGAAGGAGGUGAUUUUGUGAAAAUGUUGAAUAAACUGCAUUUACUACUACCCUACUAACUCAAUGAAUGGAAAUGUCUGACAUCAUUUUGAAGUUCUUUUCGCUUUGAAGUUCAUUUCCACCCUUUGCAUCAUUUGUACAUAAAUUAAAUAUACAUGCUGCCUAAAGGGGCAUUCUGGCCUAAAACUAGCCUUUAAUGUUAUUUGAAUCAGUUUAUGUCAUAUUCUGUACUGCAGCAUCGCUCAGCCUCACCAGUUUGCCAGAAUUGAUAAUAAUUUGCAUUCAUCAGUUUUCUCACCCAGCGUGCACUACGCAACUACAUCAUAGAACUACUUGGGAUGACGAAAUCUGGACUGCUAGCAUAGCCACUGAUGUAGAGGCAAAUAAAUACAGUCAUGUUAUUUAGAUUGCCCUCAAGUAUCCACCCCAAAGGCUUUGUAGUACCUCCAACGUUGUAGAUACAUUCUGAGAAGGGGAUUAUACCAGUCAUUAAACUGGAAAAUCUCACUCUGGAGACUACUCCGCACCACUGUAGGAGGCGAGUGAGCACUUUUAUGACAGAUGUAGUAAUGGCUAUGUUUUUGUAAUGCUGGCUCGACUGCCCCUUUAUGUGAGGUCAAUGUUACAUGUAAAGCUCUGUAUAACUGUGUAUAUGGUAAAUAUAGCCUUGUACAAUAUAGAUAUGGAGUGUAAUAAUCUUGUUUCCAUAUAGAUGACAAUAAUGUGUGAAAUUUAAAGGGUUUGGUAUUGACAGUUAUCAGCUGCAUCUUCAUACCUGUUAGUAUAUAAUCCAGUAGAUUUUGGUUCUGAAAGCUAAAGUGUUAUUGUCUGAUGUGGAUAUGAAUUGAUAUCUGAUCUGAUAUCAGCUCAACAUCUCAGCUCACCUACAGCACACUGAUUUGUAUCCCCAAAACUGUUGGAAGACAAUCAUAGGCCAGCUCACGAUGGCUAACUGCACAAUGUAGCUAAGCUACAUGCAUAUGUAUUGCUCCGUUUUGAAUUCAUUUAUAUUUAUUGAUUUGUUUUUUUAAUGUUGGCUUAAACUCUCUGUGGACAUGUUUGACCAUUCUUUUCAAUAUUAUUUUGUUCUUUAAAAAUGAGUCCUUACAGUAUCAAUUAUUAUGGUCUGAUAUGUUGAUGAUUUCACAGAUUUAAUGACAGACCAUCAAAUGUUUGUUUACAUAGUUUAACGCUGUUUAAUGCAGUCAGUGCACUGACCACUGUUGGUCAAUGUAAGAUUCAUUAUUGUUGAUUGAAGUUUGUGAUGGUUUACAAAUGUAAAGUGUUUUUUGCAUUUGUUUUAUUUAUAUUGUACUCAUCUUGCUCUAUUAUAAAAGAGGAGUAGAUGUUAGGACUACGGUGACAGUUAUGGACUAGUUGUAUUGUGUACUUGCAACAAGUGUCUGAUUACUUGCAUAUUGCUAUACAGUUUAUGAUGGUCACACAAGUGUUAACUUAUUGAAAACUGCUUGUUGCUGUAACUGUAAAAACUGUAUUUUUCCAGACUCCAAAGAGAAACUGUGAAAAUAACUGUAUGUUGUGUGCUAUCUGAACUACACCUGACCUCAAAUGGUCAACUUGCGCACUGCUUGUAUUCAUGCUGUCAUGCAUAGCCUUAGCUAGAAAGCUAGCAAUAGUCAGAGCUCAGUUGAGCCAUCUCCCUGACAAAAGCAGGAUUUCUGAGUUCAGUCACACAAAAUAGGCCUAAAACAGGCUGGACCGGUCAUUAGGCACCAAAAAUUACACCAUUAUGGUAUAAACAGUAAAACCAGUUAUUCCUGAUUAUAUACUCGCGAUAGUAUACUGCUGCAGAAUAAGUUGUAGUGAUAAACUGUAGAUAACUGCAUGGUUGGGUGCAGUUGUGUGACUGGUGUAUACAGCAACACUGAGCCAAGCAGCUAACAUAGCAGUCACCAUGCUGGCUAACUCACCAAUAAUAAAUCACACAUUUUUAGAGAGUUAUACCAUCCAAAGUGGUGUUCAUAUGACACAUUUUAAAAAUAGGAUAGCUAAAAUAGGAUUGUCUCACACCUAAAAUAAAAAUUAAAAAAAUAAAAAUAAAAAAGGACGCACUUCUCAGGCGAGACAGAGAUUUGGGAAAACAGUCUCUUGGCUGACUGAGAAAACCUUUAAAAGGUUGCUGCUUGGACACUGCUAACAUUAGUGUUUAAUCCCAUUCUGGAUCUUCAAUGUUGCUGUACAAAGCCUUGCCCUAUGUAAAAGGGCUGAUAUUAGCUUUUCCUCCAUUCUGGAUCAGUGUUGCUGUACAAGGCCCUGCCCCUUCAGAUGUCAAUGCAGCCAAAGCAAUAGCGCUGUUGGUUGUUCAUGUGAAUUCACGUGUCAUGGUUCACCAAAGCUGAACUCGAUGUGAAAGCGCCCACCACUUUGAAUUUCUUUUCAAUUAAUCCACUUCCGCUUUCUACACCUUGCUGCCAAAAAGCUAGUGUGACUGGGCUUUUAAGGCAGAAGUCAAGACUAUCCAAUAAAAGAAGAGAUCAGGAACAUUCCUAUUGGACUACGUUCACUUUUGGCCAACUCACUGUAGAAAUCCUGCUUUGUGAAAAACCAUUCUUGUGCUUCGCUUUGCAUGGGAAGAAAAGUUCUUAGUGUGUUUCUCAAACUGAAACUUUGUUCGCUAUGUAGUGAACUAACUGGGGAUUUGGCCAUGCACUACUAUCCCAAAUCAUUUGUCUCCACAGUAGACCUCAAAACACAGGUUCUGAACAUUCGUCCUAAUUGAUCUAAUUCAUGAGUAUACAGGCUUUUUUUUUAAAGCAGGUCAGAUGGGACGAGGCACAAUUAGUAUAUGACAUAGACUCCCUUUUCAAAUGUGUGGUUAGCUCCUCACAAUCCUUCCUUUAUUAUGCUUCAUUAAAUCUUGUACAUGUUCUUUAUUUUCAAUGUUUGCUUUUUUAAAAUCGCAUGUAAAACAGUUUUAGAUUCGAGAGGGAUGGACAGUCUACUGAGUGUAGCACUAACAUGAGGCUGACUAACAGAUUCGUCAUGGCUCUUUUUAUACCCAGUGCUUGGAAGAGUCGCCAACAAAUGAGAGUUAGGGAUUUUUCCAAGUCUAGCAAGUUUAAGAAAGGCUGGAAAUUGUACCUGUCUAGCUACAUCUUCAAUUAUGAGGGUGGAUAUUUUAAAGAUUGUCCAACAAUGUCCAUUAGCCUUUACUCCAAAGGCUGCUACUAGCAUGAGAAGUCAUACAGUUUGAGAGUGGGCUUUUCCUAAACCUCAGCCUGCUCUCACAUGACUUCUCAUGCUUCUUGAACUAGAAGCUUGCAUGCCAACUUCCUCCACAGCCUGUCUAUCCAGGCACAAAAUGAUGGGAGCAAUGUGAAGCCAAAGCCGAGCAGAGUUGAGCAAAUGACCGAAAUUUCUCAUGUCAGUGUUGACACAUACUGGUAGCUAACGGGAAUAUGCUGGUGAAUCUUUAAGCUACUCACCCUCAUAACUCAAGACAUAGCUAGAUGCAUACAGUGACCUUUCAAACAACACUGCUGGACCUUUACUGCUCAUUUGCUUUAUUGUAAUAUGAAUAAUCUGUAAGUCAGAUUUAUGUUGAUGCUACACUGAGUAGGCUAACAAUGCUAAAAGUGGUGUACACGCUACACACACUAAAAAUAAAGAACAAUAUGUAUUGAAAUGAACUGAAAGGUACUGAAAAAAUGAUGAGAACAGGUGAGGAGGUAACUAGCAAAGAUAGCAGUUGAUACAAGCUAACUGGAAGUAAACAGACGUGUUGUAAACAUUUAAAAAAACCAACUCCAUUUUAAAAACGUCGUAUUAUGUGUCAGAUUUUUUAAUAGCACGAAUUAACCAGAAGACCAGCUUACAGAACACAACAUAUGCCGUUUUUUUUUCUAGCAGGGAGGAAGCCAGUUGUGUGUUAACGGUUAAUUUACUGCUGCAGAGGUCUGUUUACAUCCCAGUGCUUCAGUAAUUCCAGGCCCCGUUACAACAGAAUGGGCCCUAGAUAGUAAUUUACCACAUAGGGAGCUCAAGGUUGGUUUGAGAUACAGCCUUAGUUAAAAAAAUAAAUAAAAAAAUAAAAAAAGCCUAGUGCCAUGAGUGCAUAUGCGCAUGCGGAAUAAGAUUUCUCGAAUACACUAGCGUUAUGUAGGUCUAGAUAUAAUGGCUUGCACACUCAAGCAGCGGACUAUAUGUCUAACAGUGAGCCGUUUAGGAUUCAGCCUGUAUAAAUUAAGCCUGAAAACAGGAUACCUGACUGUAAAUAUGUUUCAGUGGUACUAUACAUUUCUGUAGAACCCAGGACCGUUUUGACCAAAAUGUUACAUGACAAAUAAAAGCUGUUUUUGAAGAAGAA